CAUCCUUGAGAAGUUAAGACGGGGGAAAGUUAAGAAGAGAAGAGGGAAAAAGAGAAAAGAAAACAUUGAGCCUCAGUUUGUUUUCUUCUCAUUUCAGUUGAGCUUCUCCAUUUUUGUACUUUUGUUUUCUUCUCUUUUUUAAUUGUUCUGUUUUAAUUAUUUUUUAUUCUUUUUUUACUGUUUUUAAGAUCAAAUGGAUAAGCAAAAUUUCGAGUUUAAAAGAAAUCUAACAUUUGAUGAGCGAAAAAAGCAAUCAAAAAGUAUGAGAAGACUUUAUUCUGACAAGACUCCAAUAAUUAUCGAGAAAUAUCGUUCUGAGAAACAAUUACCAAUAAUUGAUAGAAAUCGCUAUCUUGUACCCCAACACCUUCCAUGUUACAAGCUGGUGGAAAUAGUUCGCCGCCGACUCACCUUACAUCCAAGUCAGGCUCUUUUUCUUCUCGCUGGUGGGAAUUCAUUAGUCUCCAAUUCCACUUCUGUUGGUGAAGUCGCUGAACAAUUCAGAGACCCUGAUGGCUUCUUGUAUAUUGUUUAUGCUUCACAAGAAACUUUUGGCUGAACAAUCUGACAACAGUGACGAAUGAAAGAAAAGACAAUCUUUCAAUCAUUUAAUCCCAAUCACUGAGAUAUUGGGAUGAAAUGAUUCGAUAAUUACCCAAGUUCAAACACAAAAAUCUAUCCAUUAAGGAGCAACAAUUAAAGAUGAUACGAAUGGCAGUGCCAUUGUAAUCAGAGAUGAAAAACAAUUCCCAUUGUAAUAAUAAGCAAUUGACUAAUAAACUAGAAUGUUGAAUAAUUAACAUUCUACAUUGUAAAUCAA